GUGUGCAUGACUUACUAUGUCCAAAAUGCCUUCAAGAUAUUCACGUAUUUAUUAAUUCAAUAAUCUAGUUAGGGUGCCUUUACGCCGGGUGUCUUUACGAACUGUAAAACUUCUUUCACAUGAAAGUAACAUGUUAUGACAAAUUAUUCGCUUCAUACCUUCCAAAUAACAUGUGUAGGCUAUGUCGACUUCUCUGUAUGAAGUAGCAGCUUCUGUUUUUCAAAGAUCGCGCUUUACCCCUUGCGUUUGUGUUAAUAAGCGCCACUGGUGACGUCAAACAUAAGACUCCAAUGCCGUAUUUUGACUGCAAGGCAGCGUUUAAAGCCUCACACACAUACACACACGCAUCUGAGCCGGUAUAGCCUACACGAGCCCAGCGCCCACCUCCGAGUGCCGAUGUUCGCGCGCUCCUCCGGGAACAGCACCGCUGGCACCGACAGUGUGCGUGCGUGAGUGACAGGCUGCGGUGCAGUGGGUUUUCUCCAGCUCCCCUAUAUGGCUGUGGAUUAGCUAUAUGCUAAUAUCGACAGGAGUGAGGAGCAGCAGCGAGGUGCUGCGAGCCGACAGUGGAGGCUAUCCGUGCGUGAGCAGGCUCCUGAACAGCCAUGGCUGAAGGUGGCGAAGGGGAAGAUGAAAUUCAGUUCUUACGAACUGAUGAUGAGGUGGUGCUCCAGUGUGUCGCCUGCAUCCAGAAAGAGAACCGCAAGUUCUGCCUCACCGCAGAGGGACUGGGGAAUCGCCUCUGCUACCUGGAGCCCACCUCAGAGGCUAAGUAUGUUCCUCCAGAUCUGUGCAUCUGUGACUUUGUGCUGGAGCAGUCUCUAUCAGUGCGAGCCCUGCAGGAAAUGCUGGCCAAAUCGGGAGCGAACAGCGAAAGGCUCACACGGAAGGCAGCUCAAGGAGGGGGCCACCGGACCCUGCUGUAUGGGCAUGCCAUCCAGCUCAGGCACUCCUUCAGCGGAAUGUACCUGACCUGUUUGAAGACAUCGCGGUCUCUGACGGACAAGCUGUCCUUUGAUGUGGGACUGCAGGAGGACUCGACAGGUGAGGCGUGUUGGUGGACCAUUCACCCUGCCUCCAAACAGCGCUCUGAAGGAGAGAAGGUUCGCAUCGGGGAUGACCUCAUUCUUGUCAGUGUGUCUUCAGAGCGAUACCUCCACCUCUCCAUCUCCAAUGGAAACAUCCAGGUGGACGCGUCCUUCAUGCAGACCCUGUGGAAUGUCCACCCCACCAGCUCAGGAAGCAACGUGGAGGAAGGCUAUCUGCUGGGAGGCCAUGUGAUGCGUCUGUUCCAUGGGCACGAUGAGGUCCUCACCAUCCCAGCCUCGGACCAGAGUGAGGAGCAGCAGAGGAUAGUCAACUACGAGACGGGAAAAGCAGGUGCGAAGGCCAGGUCGCUAUGGAGACUGGAACCUCUGAAGAUCAGUUGGAGCGGGAGCCACAUCCGUUGGGGGCAGCCCUUCCGCCUGCGUCACCUGACCACAGGGCACUACCUGGCGCUGACGGAGGACCAAGGGCUCGUUAUCCAGGACCGGGAAAGAUCGGACACAGCUUCUACCGCCUUCUGCUUCAGAGUCUCGAAGGAAAAACUGGAAUCAAGCCCAAAGAGAGACGUCGAGGGAAUGGGGGUGGGAGAGAUCAAGUAUGGAGACUCCAUCUGCUUCGUCAUGCAUGCGGCCACAGGACUGUGGCUGUCAUAUCAGGCGCCUGACGCAAAAUCCGCCCGUUUAGGACCUCUCAAGAGACGGGCUUGUCUUCACUCAGAGGGUCACAUGGAUGAUGGUCUGACCCUACAGCGCUGUCAGCAUGAGGAGUCCCGUGCUGCUCGCAUCAUCCGCAACACCACCAGACUCUUCAGUCACUUCAUCAGGGACCUGGACAGUUUGGGGGGGAAGAACCGUGUUGCCGUGGCUCUGCCCAUCGAGGAGGUUCUCCAGACGCUGAGUGACCUCAUCACCUACUUUCAGCUUCCAGAUGCCGAGCUAGAACAUGAAGAGAAGCAGAUCAAACUGCGUUCCCUGAAGAACCGCCAGAACCUCUUCAAACAGGAGGGGAUGCUGACUCUGGUGUCUAACUGCAUCGACCGUCUGAGUGUGUACAACAGUGCAGCCCACUUUGGCGAGUGUGCAGGGGAGGAGGCUGGAGAGGCCUGGAAGGAUAUCCUCAACCUGCUCUAUGAGCUACUGGCUGCGUUGAUUCGGGGCAACAGGAACAACUGCACCCAGUUCUCACACAAUCUGGACUGGCUGGUCAGCAAGUUGGAGAGGUUGGAGUCCUCAUCAGGCAUUCUGGAGGUCCUGCACUGCAUCCUAAUCGAGAGCCCAGAGGCACUCAACAUCAUCCAGAGAGGACACAUCAAGUCCAUCAUCUCUCUGCUCUACAAACACGGACGCAACCACAAGAUCCUGGAUGUGUUGUGUUCGCUGUGUGUCUGUAAUGGCGUGGCGGUGAGAGCCAAUCAGAACCUUAUCUGCGAUCACCUGCUUCCCAGAAGGGAUCUGUUACUCCAGACCCGAUUGGUCAAUGAUGUCCACAGCAUGAGACCCAACAUCUUCCUAGGCGUGAGAGAGGGCUCGGCGCAGUAUAAGAAGUGGUACUUCGAGCUGAUGAUCGACCAGGUGGACCACUUCGUCACCAGCGAGCCGUCUCACCUGAGGGUGGGCUGGGCCAACACCAAAGGCUACGCCCCGUACCCUGGGGGCGGGGAGGGCUGGGGGGGCAACGGCGUCGGAGACGACCUCUACUCCUACGGCUUCGACGGGCUACACCUGUGGUCAGGUCGUAUCCCACGGGCAGUGGCCUCGGUGAACCAGCACAUACUGACCUCUGAUGACGUGGUGAGCUGCUGCCUGGACCUGGGCGCCCCCAGCAUCUCCUUCCGCAUCAACGGCCAGCCCGUCCAGGGCAUGUUCGAGAACUUCAACGUGGACGGCCUAUUCUUCCCCGUGGUCAGCUUCUCAGCCGGAAUCAAAGUGCGCUUCCUGCUGGGUGGUCGCCAUGGCGACUUCAAGUUCCUGCCGCCGUCGGGCUACGCGCCGUGCUACGAGGCGCUGCUGCCCAAGGAGAAGAUGCGCGUGGAGCCGGUGAAGGAGUACAAGAGGGACAUGGAGGCAGUGAGGGACCUGCUGGGCACUGCACAGUUCCUUUCACAGGCGUCUUUCAUCCCUACGCCCGUGGACACCAGCCAGGUCGCCAUGCCUCCUCACCUUGAGAAAGUGCGAGACAAACUCGCUGAGAAUAUCCAUGAGCUCUGGGCCAUGAACAAGAUGGAGCUCGGCUGGUCUUACGGCAAGCGGAUCAGGGAUGACAAUAAGCGGCAACACCCCUGUCUGGUGGAUUUCUCUAAGCUGCCAGAAACCGAAAAGAAUUAUAACCUCCAGAUGUCAACAGAAACCUUGAAGACUCUGCUGGCUCUGGGAUGCCACGUGGUGCAAGUCAAUGCCAAUGCAGAGGAGGACCUGAAGAAAGUCAAACUCCCAAAGAACUACAUGAUGUCAAAUGGUUACAAGCCCACACCUCUGGAGCUGUCGGACGUGAAGCUCACCCCUGCUCAGGAGCUGCUGGUGGAUAAGCUGGCCGAGAACGCGCACAACGUUUGGGCCAAGGACCGCAUCAAACAGGGAUGGACCUACGGCAUCCAGCAGGACCUGAAGAAUAAGCGUAAUCCCCGCCUGGUGCCCUACGCUCUGCUUGACGAGCGCACAAGGAAAUCCAAUCGGGACAGUUUACGGGAGGCCAUCCGCACACUGAUUGGCUAUGGCUACAACAUAGAACCACCCGACCAGGAAGCGGCAGGUCACGUGGUGGAGAGGCUGAGCAUUGAUAAGAUCCGCUUCUUCCGGGUUGAGCGUACGUACGCGGUGAAGACGGGGAAGUGGUACUUCGAGUUUGAGGCGGUGACAGGCGGAGACAUGCGCGUGGGUUGGGCCCGCCCCGCCUGCAGGCCGGAUGUGGAGCUGGGGACUGACGACCAGGCCUACGUGUUUGAUGGGUACAAGGGUCACCGGUUGCACAUGGGCAGCCGUCUCUUCGGCCGGUGUUGGCACACGGGCGACGUGGUGGGCUGCAUGAUCAACAUGGAGGACAAGUCCAUGAUCUUCACCCUCAAUGGAGAGAUCCUGAUCACAAACAAGGGCUCCGAGCUCUGCUUUGCCGACUUCGAGACGGAGGACGGUUUCAUCCCCGUUUGCAGUCUGGGUCUGAGUCAGGUGGGCCGGAUGAACCUGGGCAAGGAUGCCAGCACCUUUAAGUACUACACCAUGUGUGGUCUGCAGGAGGGCUUUGAGCCGUACGCCGUCAACAUGAACCGAGAGGUCACCAUGUGGUUCAGCAAACGCUUGCCCACCUUUGUCAACAUGCCAAAGCACCACAAACACAUAGCGGUGACCAGGAUUGACGGGACCAUCGACAGCCCUCCCUGUCUGAAGGUGACCCACAAGACCUUCGGGACGCAGAACAGUAACGCUGACAUGGUGUUCUGCAGACUGAGCAUGCCCGUCGAGUUCCACUCCACCUUCAAGAUCAGCCCGUCGGUUGACAUCAAUGGAGUGCACGAGGACGAGUCGCUCAAGCUCAAACACAGACACGCAUUGAAAUCCAUGAAACACAUGGAGGACGGAAGGAGAACUGACUACAGCAGCAUAACCACGUACUACCAUUCUGUGAGAGUUUUUGCUGGACAGGACCCAUCCUGUGUGUGGGUGGGCUGGGUCACCCCUGACUACCAUUACUAUAGCAACAACUUCAACCUCAGUAAGAAUCGGACUGUCACGGUAACUUUGGGAGAUGAACGUGGGCGGGUCCACGAGAGUGUGAAGAGGAGUAACUGCUACAUGGUGUGGUGUGGGGAUAUCACCAGCUCCAGCUCCAGCCACUCAUCCAGUCGCAGCAAUGUGAAUGUGGAUCUGGAGAUGGGCUGCUUCAUUGACCUCGCCACCGGCCUCGUGGCCUUCACUGUCAAUGGCAAAGAGCUAACUACAUCUUACCAGGUGGAGCCAAAUACAAAGCUCUUCCCUGCUGUGUUUGUGCGCCCCACCAGUCCGAACCUAUUCCAGUUUGAACUGGCCAAGAUCAAGAAUGCCAUGCCCCUGUCCUCUGCCGUGUUUAAGAGUGAGCACCGUAACCCCGUGCCCCAGUGUCCCCCGCGGCUGGAUGUGCAGACCAUCAACUCGGUGCUGUGGAGCCGCAUGCCCAACUGCUUCCUGAAGGUGGACACGGCGCGCGUCAGCGAUAGGCACGGCUGGGCCGUACAGUGUGUGGAGCCGCUGCAGAUGCUGGCCGUGCACAUCCCUGAGGAGAACAGAUGUGUGGACAUCAUGGAGCUGUCUGAGCAGGAGGACCUGCGUAAGUUCCACUACCACACGCUGAAGCUCUACUGUGCCCUCUGCGCCCUGGGCAACACGCGGGUGGCCCACGCCCUCUGCGGCCACCUGGACCAGUCUCAGCUCCUCUACACCAUCGACAACCAGUACCUGUCGGGGCAGCUCCGCGAGGGCUUCUACGACGUGCUCAUCAGCAUCCACCUGGAGACGGCCAAGGAGGCCCGCCUCAUGAUGAACAACGAGUUCAUCAUCCCCGUCACCGCGGAAACGCGCAGCAUCCGCCUCUUCUCCGACGCCUCCAAGAAGCACCAGCCGCCGGGCGUGGGCCUGAGCACGUCGCUGAAGCCGCGGCUGCACUUUGGGCCGCCGUGCUUCAUCAGCAGCACCAAGCGGGAGCAGCACCUCUACAGCCCGCAGAUCCCGCUGGACGUGCUCAAGGAGAAGGCCAUCUCCAUGCUAACCGAAGCCGUGCAGGGUGGAGGUGACCACAUCCGCGACCCGGUGGGCGGCAGCGUGGAGUACCAGUUUGUGCCCAUCCUCAAGCUCAUCAGUACCCUGCUCACCAUGGGCGUCCUGGCCAGCCUGGACGUCCACAAGAUCCUGCUGCUCAUCGAGCCCAAUGUGUUUGGAGAGCAGAGAGAGGAGCAGUUGGAGGAGGUGGAAGUGGAGGAGGAGGAGGAGGAGGAGGAGGAGACGCAGUGGGGAAAGAGGGAAAGUAGCACGGAGGAGAAGGCGGUGGAGGCCGGGGAGGCGGAGGCCAAAGACGCCAAGCAGCCAAGGAAGGGCCUGCUGGAGAAGAGGCUCCCUGAGUCUGUCAAGCGGCAGAUGUGUGAGCUCCUUCACUACUUCUGCGACUGUGAGCUAAAGCAUCGCAUCGAGGCCAUCGCGUCGUUCUCAGACAGCUUUGUCUCCAAGCUGCAGUUCAACCAGAAGUUUCGCUACAACGAACUCAUGCUGGCGCUCAACAUGUCCGCCGCCAUCACCGCCAGAAAGACCAAGGAGUUCCGCUCCCCACCUCAGGAGCAGAUCAACAUGCUGCUGAACUUCAGUAUGGGGGAGGACUGUCCCUGUCCAGAGGAGAUCCAGGAGGAACUCUACAACUUUCACAAUGAGCUUCGUCUCCACUGCGGUAUUCCCAUGGAAGAGGAGGAUGAGGAGCCGGACAUGACCAUCAGAGGCCGGCUGAUGGUUCUGCUCUACAAGAUCAAAGGCCAACCGCUGAGAACUGAGCAGGAGCCCAAAGAGAAGGAGCUGGCUGCUCCAACGAACCUGAAGGAGCUGAUCUCCCAGACGAUGGUGAGCUGGGCGCAGGAGAGCCACAUCCAGGACCCGGAGCUGGUGCGCGUGAUGUUCAGCCUGCUGCGGCGGCAGUACGACAGCAUCGGCGAGCUGCUCCGGGCCAUGAGGAAGAGCUACACCAUCAGCGCCUCCUCCGUGCAGGACACCAUCCACCUGCUGGCCUCGCUCGGGCAGAUCCGCUCGCUGCUCAGCGUGCGCAUGGGCAAGGAGGAGGAGCAGCUCAUGAUCGACGGCCUGGGGGAUAUCAUGAACAACAAGGUGUUCUACCAGCACCCUAACCUGAUGCGAGUGCUGGGUAUGCAUGAGACCGUCAUGGAGGUCAUGGUCAACGUGCUGGGGGGAGGCAAAUCCCAGGAGAUCGCUUUCCCAAAGAUGGUGGCCAGCUGCUGUCGUUUUCUCUGCUACUUCUGUCGAAUCAGCCGGCAGAACCAGAAGGCUAUGUUUGACCAUCUCAGCUACCUGCUGGAGAACAGCAGUGUUGGCCUGGCCUCUCCCUCCAUGAGGGGAUCUACUCCUCUAGAUGUUGCAGCCUCCUCAGUGAUGGACAACAAUGGCUUGGCCUUGGCCCUGGAGGAGCCCGACCUUGAUAAGGUGGUGACGUACCUGGCCGGGUGUGGUCUGCAGAGCUGCCCCAUCCUGCUGGCCAAAGGCUACCCUGACAUCGGCUGGAACCCCAUCGAGGGGGAGCGCUACCUCUCCUUCCUUCGAUUCGCAGUGUUUGUAAAUGGAGAGAGUGUGGAGGAGAACUCCAGUGUGGUGGUAAAGCUGUUGAUUCGCCGGCCAGAGUGUUUUGGCCCCGCACUGCGGGGGGAGGGGGGUCACGGGUUGCUAGCGGCGAUGAAGGAGGCCAUAAAGAUCUCAGAGAACCCAGCGCUAGACCUGCCCAGUAGUGCCCAGGGCAUCAGCUCUGACGCGUCUACUGAGGAUGAGGAGGAGGAAGAGGUGGUGCACAUGGGAAACGCCAUCAUGUCCUUCUACUCGGCCCUGAUCGACCUGCUGGGACGCUGUGCACCAGAGAUGCACCUCAUUAACAAAGGCAAAGGGGAAGCGCUGAGGAUCCGUGCCAUCCUUCGAUCCCUGGUGCCCACUGAAGACCUGGUUGGCAUCAUCAGCAUACCCCUGAAGAUGUCCGUCGGCAACAAAGAUGGCACUGUGACAGAGCCGGACAUGGCGGCCAGUUUCUGUCCAGACCACAAGGCACCAAUGGUUCUGUUCCUGGACCGUGUGUACGGCAUCGAAGACCAGGCCUUCCUGCUGCACCUGCUGGAGGUGGGCUUCCUGCCGGACCUGCGUGCCUCCGCAUCGCUCGACACGGACACCCUGCGCACUACUGAGACGGCCCUGGCCAUGAACCGCUACAUCGGCUCCGCCAUGCUGCCGCUGCUGACCCGCUGUGCUCCCCACUUCGCCGGCACUGAGCACCACGCCACCCUCAUCGACUCCACCCUGCACACCAUCUACCGGCUGUCCAAGGGACGCUCACUCACCAAGGCCCAGAGGGACGCCAUCGAGGAGUGCCUGCUUGCCAUCUGCAAAUACCUGAGGCCUUCCAUGCUGCAGCAGCUGCUGAGGCGUCUGGUGUUUGAUGUGCCACUGCUGACGGAGUACUGCAAGAUGCCUCUCAAGUUGCUGACCAAUCACUAUGAGCAGAACUGGAAGUACUACUGCCUCCCGUCCGGUUCAGGCAACUACGGCUUGGCAUCCGGAGAGGAGCUUCUGCUCACCAAGAGGAUCUUCUGGGGCAUAUUCGACUCGCUGUCACAGAAGAAGUAUGACCAGGACCUGUUUAAGAUGGCAAUGCCCUGCCUCAGUGCCAUCUCGGGGGCUCUGCCUCCAGACUACGUGGACUCCUCCCUCAGCAGCACCAGCCUGGAGAAGCCCACCUCUGUGGACCCGCAGGGCAACUUCGACCCCAAACCCAUCAGCACUGCAAACAUCUCUCUUCCAGAAAAAUUGGAGUACCUUGCCAACAAAUACGCUGAGCAUUGUCACGACAAAUGGUCUGCUGAGAAGGUUCUGCUUGGGUGGAAGUAUGGGGAAGGCAUCGAUGAGAAGGCCAAGAUUCAUCAUUUACUGAGGACCUACAAAGCCCUCACUGAGAAGGAGAAGGAGAUCUACCGCUGGGCUGUGCGCGAGUCUCUGAAGAGCAUGCUGGCCAUGGGCUGGAACAUCGACAGGGCCAAGGAGGGGGACACCGCGUCCCAGCAGCGCGAGAGCGAGAAACUACGCAAGAUCUCACAGGGGAAUGGCUUCAACCCAAGCCCUCUGGACAUGAGCAACGUUCUUCUCUCCAGAGAACUCCAGGGUAUGGUGGAGGUGGUGGCUGAAAACUACCACAAUAUCUGGGCCAAGAAGAAGAAGAGCGAUCUAGGAAGCAGAGGUGGGGGAACACACCCUCUGCUGGUGCCUUACGAUACUCUCACAGCGAAGGAGAAGGCCAAAGACAGAGAGAAAGCCCAGGACCUGUUCCGCUUCCUGCAGAUCAGUAGCUACACCAUCACCAGGGGCUUUAAGGACAUGGAGCAGGACAGCUCCUCUAUGGAAAAGAGGUUUGCCUACAAGUUUCUCAAGAAGCUGCUCAAGUAUGUGGAUUCUGCACAGGAGUUCAUCGCUCACCUCGAGGCAAUGGCAAUGAGUGGGAAGAUAGACAGAUCGCCUCAUGAGCAAGAAAUCAAGUUUUUUGCCAAGGUCCUUCUCCCCCUCAUUGACCAGUACUUUAAGAACCACUGCUUCUACUUCCUCUCCUCUCCCAGUAAGAACCUCAGCAGCAGUGGCUACGCAUCCAACAAGGAGAAGGAGAUGGUCACCAGCCUGUUCUGUAAACUGGCAGCUCUUGUCAGACACAGGAUCUCUCUCUUUGGAAGUGAUGCGGCCACCAUGGUUAGCUGUUUGCACAUCCUGGCUCACACACUGGAUACCAGAACUGUGAUGAAGUCGAGCUCCGAGUUGGUGAAGGCGGGCCUGCGGACGUUCUUCGAGAACGCGGCGGAGGACCUAGAGAAGACGCUGGAGAACCUGAAGCUGGGGAAGUUCACGCACUCGCGCAGCCAGAUGAAGGGCGUGUCUCAGAACAUCAACUACACCACGGUGGCCCUGCUGCCAAUCCUCACCGCCCUGUUCGAGCACAUCACUGAGCACCACUUCGGAGUGGACCUGCUGUUGGAUGACGUCCAGGUUUCCUGUUAUCGCAUCCUGACCAGCUUAUACUCCCUGGGAACUGGCAAGAAUAUUUAUGUUGAGAGACAGCUGCCCGCUCUGGGAGAGUGUUUGGCCACGCUGGCUGGAGCCAUGCCUGUGGCCUUCCUGGAGCCUCAGCUGAACACACACAACCCUUGCUCUGUGUUCAACACCAAAACACCCCGAGAGCGAGCCAUCCUGGGCAUGCCGGACACCGUGGAGGACAUGUGUCCAGAGAUCCCGCGUCUGGCUGGCCUGAUGAAGGACAUCAACGACCUGUCGGAGUCCGGGGCGCGCUACACGGAGAUGCCCCACGUCAUCGAGGUGGUGCUGCCCAUGCUGUGCAACUACCUGUCCUACUGGUGGGAGCGAGGCCCGGAGAACCAGGCCGCCACCAAGGGCGGAGGAGGCUCCAUCUGCUGCACCACCGUCACCUCCGAACACCUGAGCGUCAUCCUGGGCAACAUCCUCAAGAUCCUCAACAGCAACCUGGGCAUCGACGAGGCCUCCUGGAUGAAGAGGAUCGCAGUGUACGCCCAGCCCAUCAUCAGCAAAGCACGUGCGGACCUCCUGAAGACCCACUUCCUGCCGACGCUGGAGAAACUGAAGAAGAAGACAGUGAAAGUAGUGACGGAGGAGGAGCUUCUCAAGGCCGACAGCAAGGGCGACACCCAAGAGGCGGAGCUUCUCAUCCUGGACGAGUUCGCCGUGCUGUGUCGCGACCUCUAUGCCUUCUACCCUAUGCUCAUACGCUACGUGGACAACAACAGGUCCAGAUGGCUGAAGGAGCCAGAUCUAGACUCCAACGAGCUCUUCAGGAUGGUGGCUGAGAUCUUCAUCCUCUGGUGCAAAUCACAUAAUUUCAAACGGGAAGAGCAGAACUUUGUGGUGCAGAAUGAGAUCAACAACCUCUCCUUCCUCACGGGUGACAGCAAAACUAAGAUGUCAAAGUCUUUUCUGGGAAAGAAACACAGUGAGAGUUCGGGGGGACAGGACCAGGAGCGAAAGCACAAGAAGCGGCGGGGCGAGUUCUACUCCAUCCAGACCUCGCUCAUCGUGGCCGCCCUCAAGAAGAUGCUGCCCAUCGGCCUCAACAUGUGUACGCCCGGCGACCAGGAGCUCAUCUCACUGGCCAAGACCAGAUACAGCCUGAAAGACACAGAUGAUGAGGUCAAGGAUCACAUAAGACACAACCUCCACCUGCAGGAGAAGUCAGAGGACCCAGGAGUCAGGUGGCAGUUGAACCUCUACAAGGAUGUGGUGGUGAAGAGCGAGGGGCCUCCUGACCCAGAGCGGACAGUGGACCGCGUCCAGGGCCUCUCUGCGGCCGUGUUUCACCUGGAGCAGGUUGAGCAGCCACUGAGGUCAAAGAAGUGUGUGUGGCAGAAGCUACUCUCAAAGCAACGCAAGCGUGCGGUGGUGGCCUGCUUCCGCAUGGCUCCCCUCUACAACCUGCCCAGGCAUCGCUCUAUUAAUCUCUUCCUUUUGGGCUAUCAAAGAAUUUGGAUAGAGACAGAGACCUACUCCUUUGAGGAGAAACUAGUGCAGGACUUGGCAAAGACGCAGGUGAAAUUGGAGGAAGAGGAGGAGGUGGAAGCAGAGAAGCAGCCGGAUCCUCUCCAUCAGCUCAUCCUGCAUUUCAGCCAUAAUGCUCUCACAGAGCGGAGCUCUUUAGAAGAGGAUCCUCUCUAUAUAGCAUACUCAGACAUGAUGGCAAAGAGCUGUGCAGAAGAUGGAGAAGAGGAUGAGGGAGAGGGGAAGACGUUUGAGGAAAAGGAGAUGGAGAAACAGAAGACCCUGUAUCAGCAGGCCAGACUGCAUGAUCGAGGGGCCGCUGAGAUGGUGCUACAAAUGACCAGUGCCAGCAAAGGUCGAUUGGGUCCCAUGGUGACGUACACUCUUAAAUUAGGCAUCUCCAUUCUCAACGGUGGCAAUAUUAUCGUCCAGCAGAAAAUGCUGGAUUACCUGAAGGAGAAAAGGGACGUUGGCUUCUUCAAGAGCUUAUCAGGGCUUAUGCAGUCAUGCAGUGUCCUGGACCUGAAUGCCUUUGAGAGGCAAAACAAAGCUGAAGGUCUUGGUAUGGUGACUGAGGAGGGAUCAAUCAACGUGAGUGAGCGGGGUUCCAAGGUUCUUCAGAACGAUGAGUUCACAAAGGACCUGUUUAGGUUCCUGCAGCUGCUUUGUGAGGGCCACAACAAUGACUUCCAGAAUUUUCUGCGGACUCAGACUGGAAACACAACCACCGUGAAUAUCAUCAUCAGCACUGUGGACUACCUACUCCGAUUGCAGGAGUCUAUCAGUGAUUUUUACUGGUACUACUCUGGGAAAGAUGUCAUGGACGAGGCUGGGCAGAGAAACUUCUCCACAGCUCUGGCAGUGGCCAAACAGAUCUUCAACUCCCUCACAGAAUACAUACAGGGCCCCUGUAUAGGGAACCAGCAGAGUCUGGCUCACAGCAGGUUGUGGGAUGCAGUGGUGGGAUUCCUUCAUGUGUUUGCCAACAUGCAGAUGAAGUUGUCUCAGGACUCGAGCCAGAUUGAGUUACUGAAGGAGCUGAUGGAUCUGCAGAAGGACAUGAUCGUCAUGAUGCUGUCUCUUCUGGAAGGUAAUGUGGUGAAUGGCACCAUUGGCAAACAGAUGGUGGACACCCUGGUUGAGUCUUCUAACAACGUGGAGAUGAUCCUCAAGUUCUUUGACAUGUUCCUCAAGCUGAAGGACCUAACUACCUCAGACAACUUCAAGGAGUACGACCCAGACACCAAAGGGGCCAUCUCCAAGAAGGAGUUCCAGAAGUCCAUGGAGAACCAGAAGCAGUACUCGCAGUCGGAGAUCGAGUUCCUGCUCUCCUGCGUCAAGGCCGACGAGAACGACAUGUUUAACUAUGAGGAGUUCGUGGAGCGCUUCCACGAGCCGGCCAAGGACAUCGGCUUCAAUGUGGCUGUGUUGCUCACCAAUCUCUCGGAGCACAUGCCCCACGACAGCCGCCUGGCCACCUUCCUGGACCUGGGUGAAAGCCUGCUGAGCUACUUUGAGCCGUUCCUGGGCCGCAUCGAGAUCUUGGGCAGCGCCAAGCGUAUUGAGCGCGUCUAUUUUGAGAUCAGCGAGUCGAGCCGCACACAGUGGGAGAAGCCGCAGGUGAAGGAGUCCAAGAGGCAGUUCAUCUUCGACGUGGUCAACGAGGGCGGCGAGAGCGAGAAGAUGGAGCUGUUUGUCAACUUCUGCGAGGACACCAUUUUCGAGAUGCAGCUGGCGUCACAGAUCUCCGAGCCCGAUGCCCUGGAGCGUCCCGAGGAGGACGAGGAAGACGACUCACAGAGCGUGGCCGAGGAGCCCGACGAGGAUGACGAGGAGAACGCCCUGGAGUCUUCCUCUGCAUUCACCGUGGCGUGCGUCUCCAUGAAGAAGAGCCUAUCCAGCUUCUGGAACCUUCUGACCUUCAAGAGCAUGCGUCGGCAGUACAAGAGGUUCCGGAAGAUGAGCAUGAGGGAGAUGGUGCGUGGCUUCUUCUCCUUCUUCUGGGUGAUCUUCACGGGACUCUUCCGCUUCCUCUACAGCCUCGUCUGGGGCUUCUUCCACAUCCUGUGGACCUCCAUGUUUGGCGGCGGCCUGGUGGAAGGCGCCAAGAACAUGAAGGUGACGGACAUCCUGGGCAACAUGCCCGACCCCACGCAGUUCGGUAUUCACGGCGACGUGCUGGAGGCGGAGAAGAUGGAGGCGUGUGAGGCGCUGUCUGUGACGGAGAUGGAGCAGAACGCGGCGGCAGACCAGGCGGAGGCCGACCUCAUGGCCGAGCUGCUGAACAUCCAUCCCAAGAAGGAGGGGGGGAAGUACGCCAUGGAGCCGGGGCUGGGGGACGUGUCGGAGGUGGUGGGGGUGGACGCCCCCUCCUUAGCUGCAGCAGUGAAGCAGAAAAAGGCUCAGAAGGAGGCGGCACAUAGAAGUGAAGAAGGUGAAAUGGAGCCGAGAGGAGAUGGAGAGAAGACUGACCUAGAGGAUGGGGAGAAGAAGGAUCUAGACAAGAACAAAGACGAAUCGCCACCAGACACUCCUGCAGAGGGGGAGAAGAGACCCCCCAAGAACCGUCCCCGGAAGAAAGAGAACCCUCCGGAGGCUUUCAUGGCUAGCUUCUUCGCAGGGCUUGAAAUCUAUCAGACCAAGAUGCUGAACUACCUGGCGAGGAACUUCUACAACCUCCGUUUCCUGGCCUUGUUUGUGGCUUUUGCCAUCAACUUCAUUCUGCUGUUCUAUAAGGUGACGGGGGAGGACUCUGAGGAGGAGGACCCAUGGAAUAGGAACCAGGUGGAGGAGGAGGAAGCCAUGGAGUACUUCGUGCUGCAGGAGAGCACGGGGUACAUGGCUCCAACACUCCGAUUCCUGGCCGUGCUGCACACCAUCAUCUCUUUCCUGUGUGUGGUCGGAUACUACUAUCUCAAGGUGCCUUUGGUGGUGUUUAAACGGGAGAAAGAGAUCGCCAGGAAGCUGGAGUUCGAUGGCCUCUACAUCACCGAGCAGCCCUCCGACGAUGACAUCAAAGGACAGUGGGACCGGCUGGUCAUCAACACACCAUCCUUCCCAAACAACUACUGGGAUAAGUUUGUCAAACGCAAGGUGAUCAAUAAGUACGGGGAUCUGUAUGGUGCUGAGCGCAUCGCUGAGCUGCUAGGUCUGGAUAAGAGUGCUCUGGACUUCAACCCCACGGAAGAGGCCGUGGUGAAGGAGGCUUCACUCGUGUCCUGCAGGGAGCAUACGACUAAGCUGAGCUCCAUUGACACCAAAUAUCAUAUUUGGAAAAUGGGAGUGGUCUUCACUGACAAUUCUUUCCUGUACCUCGUAUGGUACACCACCAUGUCCAUUCUGGGCCACUACAACAACUUCUUCUUCGCCGCCCAUCUGCUGGACAUCGCCAUGGGCUUCAAGACCCUGAGGACAAUCCUCUCCUCAGUCACCCACAACGGCAAACAGCUGGUGUUGACUGUAGGGCUGUUGGCUGUGGUGGUGUACCUCUACACUGUGGUGGCCUUCAACUUCUUCCGCAAGUUCUACAACAAGAGUGAGGAUGAGGACGAGCCGGACAUGAAGUGUGAUGACAUGAUGACUUGCUACCUGUUCCACAUGUAUGUGGGGGUGCGUGCCGGCGGGGGUAUCGGCGAUGAAAUCGAGGACCCGGCGGGCGACCCCUAUGAGCUCUACCGCAUCCUCUUCGACAUAACCUUCUUCUUCUUCGUCAUCGUCAUCCUCCUGGCCAUCAUCCAGGGUUUGAUCAUUGAUGCCUUUGGGGAACUGAGAGACCAACAGGAGCAGGUGAAAGAGGAUAUGGAGACGAAGUGCUUCAUCUGUGGGAUCGGCAACGACUACUUUGACACGACUCCCCACGGCUUUGAGACCCACACUUUGCAAGAGCACAACUUGGCUAACUACCUGUUCUUCCUGAUGUAUAUAAUCAACAAGGAUGAAACUGAGCACACAGGUCAAGAGUCGUAUGUGUGGAAGAUGUACCAGGAGAGAUGCUGGGACUUCUUCCCAGCCGGAGACUGCUUCAGGAAACAGUACGAGGACCAGCUGGGCUAGUCGAGACCUCUCUCUCUCUCUCUCUCUCUCUCUCUCUCUCUCUCUCUCUUUCAUUGGUCCCCGAGCUUAAGUAUGCAUUUGAAUACUAAGCUCCUAGUAUAUUCAAAAACAGCCAACAACGUCUGACUGCUCUACAACCCAAUUGGGACACUAGAGAGAGAGAGAGGAGUCCAGAUCUUUGAGGAGGUUUUUUUUUCUUUUUGUAUAUGGUAAGACGUUUUCGUGUCACUUGUCAAAUGUACUCUUUGUGAUCUUCGGUACAGUGCCAGUUCUACAACAGAGACACCAAAAGACUCAGAAAAGAAAAGACCCUGACAUUCUUUUAGUUUCGGGAAAUAUAUGAAUAUAUUUUUCCUCCUUUCAGUUCUUGACAAACGUGUUGCCUUUCUUCAACAUGGCCCUAAACCAUUGCACAAACGUUUUCGUCUCUUGGAGAACUGUCGGGUUGCGUUGGGAUUUUACAGAGCAAGAUGUGCAAGACGACACCCGCCCUAUUAUGCACAAGAACAUUUCUUCAAUCUUUCUAGAAUGUUGAAAACGAGACUUAUGCUUAAACGAGAGGGUGAAAUAGAUUUCUAUGUCAAGUGUAAAACGUGUUUUAUGGGGACAUUUGCAAAUAUCUUUACCAUGCUUGCGGAGAUGAUGUGUGUGAAAAGUGGUCAAGUUCAGACUGAGGGAAAAACAAAAAAAGGCUGAUUAUGCGAUGAAAUGCCUAAGAUCAAGUUUUGAUGAAGUGCCUUACAUACAUGACGACAAAGCUAUGCAAACUCGUUGAUUUUAUUUACAGUAUGUUUGUGUAGUACUCCUGGAUUUAGCGACAAGCAGAUGUUCAGAUUUAGUUGGUGGCUCAUGUUCAUUUUUUUUCAUUUGGAAAAAAGGACUAACUGUCUCUGAGUUUUUUGCCAAAAACAGUACUCUGACUGAAAAUGUUCAUGGUACUACGAUUACAAAAUAUUCACAGAAAAUUCACAUGCAGAGUUUAUUGAUUGUUGAGAUGAAUUGAAAUGAAAUAGAAAUAAAUGCUAUUGUAUGGCCAUUUGUAUGUAGUAGCUUUGCUGAUCUGUGCAUUUCUUUUGAAGGGGAAAAAAUAAAGAAAUUGAUGCAAUACAA